CACUAAACAUCCAAAUUCCACCCCCAAACCCUCCAUUUCCCGCAGCAAUGGUGAAAUUCCACGACCACAUGAUCUCAGACCUCCUCGACGAUCCUCCCAUCAGCAAAAAUGGCGGCAGCGGCGGUUGCGGAAUCGGAAGCGGCCUCGUGAUCCUCUCCUCCGGCCUAUCUCUCUCCAAACUCAUCUCUUCUCUCCUCCUCCUCCACUCCCCUUCGGCCGGCACUCUCCUCCUCCUCUCCCCCUCCUCCCCUUCCCUCAAAUCCCAAAUCCUCCACCACUACGCCGCCGUCUCCGACCGCCGCAUCUCCGAAAUCUCUGCCGACAUCCCCGCCCACCACCGCCUCUCCCUAUACUCCUCUGGCGACGCCUUCUUCAUCACUACCCGAAUCCUCAUUGUCGACCUCCUCAACUCCAGGCUCCCGGCCUCCUCCGUCGCUGGCCUCCUCAUCCUCGCCGCCCACUCCCUCUCCGAGACCUCCACCGAGGCCUUCAUCGUCCGAAUUCUCCGCUCCCUCAACCGGAACGUCUACAUCCGUGCCUUCUCCGAUAAGCCGCACGCGAUGGUCUCCGGCUUUGCGAAGGCCGAGCGGACGAUGAAGUGCUUGGGGAUCAGGAGGCUGCACCUCUGGCCGAGGUUUCAUGUCUACGUUUCGGAGGAGUUGGAGAGAGACGCGCCGGAGGUGGUGGAUGUUAGGGUUCAGAUGAGCAAACACAUGGCGGGCAUUCAGACGGCGAUAAUCGAGGUCAUGGAUGCGUGCUUGAAGGAGAUGAGGAAGACGAAUAAGGUCGAUAUUGAGGAUCUGACGGUGGAGAAUGGUUUGUUCAAGUCGUUUGAUGAGAUUGUGAGGAGGCAAUUGGAUCCCAUUUGGCAUACUUUGGGGAGGAAGACCAAGCAGCUUGUGUCUGACUUGAAGAGUCUGAGAAAGCUCUUGGAUUACCUUGUGAGGUAUGAUGGAGUAACUUAUUUGAAGUAUUUGGAUACACUGAGAGUUUCUGAGAGUCAUCGGUCUGUCUGGAUAUUUGCUGAGUCAAGCUACAAGAUAUUUGAGUAUGCGAAGAAAAGGGUUUAUCGUUUUGUGAAGUCGGAUGGUACGAAAUUAGGUGAUCCAAAUAAGAGUUCAACUAGCAGAAAGAGAAAACUGAAGGGGGCUGCUGAUGAUAGUGAAGAAGUUGGUGGCUCCUCGUCAACAAAUACAAAUGUCACAAUAUCUCUGGAUGAAGUUUUAGAGGAACCACCAAAAUGGAAGGUCUUACGUGAGGUCCUUGAAGAGAUAGAAGAGGAAAGACAAAAGCAGGGUUUAUCAGAGGAUGAUUGUGGCAUUGUUCUAGUGGCAUGCAAAGAUGAACGCUCAUGCAUGCAGCUUGAAGAAUGCAUCACAGCUGGUCCUAAAAAGGUCAUGCGGGAUGAAUGGGAGAAUUACUUGCUGAACAAAGUACAGCUGCGUGAUUUACAAACACGUUUCAAAAAGAAACCAAAGGAACCUAAAGGUUUUGGGAUUCUUGAUGGAGUUAUUCCUGUAGCACCUGCAACAAAGGCAGAACCCAGCAGCAUAAACAAGCAAGAGAACGAUGCACUUGUGGCUGCAGCGUCAGAAAUUAGAAACCGAAUAAAAAAUGAUGAUAUUGCUGUAGUUGACCCUCAGCCUCAAGUUGGCAGUGAAGGAGGUGGAAGAGGAAAGCAAAAGGUGGGGAACAAAAAGCAAAGCGCAGCUAAUUCUAAGAGUCAUGGGAACAAGGGUAACAAGAGUAAAAAGAAGGCAGCAUUAAAUGAAUCUAGUUUAGAAAAUGAAGGCCAAACAGGUGAAGCUGAUCCAGUAGCUGCAGACGGCUUUUCAGAAGCGAUAGGUGAUGAUGCAUCUACAGAAAAAGGGGUUCUGCGAAGACAUAAUCAAGUUGCUGAAGCUACGGGAUCUGGAGCUGGAAGUGCUAAUAAGCCAAUACCUCCGGUGCACUUUUAUGCUCUAGAAAGUGGUCAACCCAUACUUGACAUUUUGAAGCCGUCUGUGAUUAUUGUUUACCAUCCGGAUAUGACAUUUGUCAGGGAAAUUGAAGUCCACCAAGCUGAGAAUCCAUCAAAGAAGUUGAAGGUUUAUUUUCUUUUCUAUGAAGAUUCUACAGAGGUGCAAAAGUUUGAGGCUAGCAUACGCCGGGAGAAUGGAGCAUUUGAAUCAUUGAUUAGGCAGAAAUCAAUGAUGAUGAUCCCAGUAGAUCAGGAUGUCAACUGCCUGGGAUUGAAUUCUUCUUUUGAGGGUCAAGGUGCAUCAUCUCAAAACGCUGUAACCAGAAAGGCAGGGGGAAGAAGGGAAGCUGAGAAAGAAAUGCAGGUUAUAGUAGACAUGCGAGAAUUCAUGAGUAGCCUUCCAAAUGUUCUUCACCAGAAGGGAAUGCGAAUAAUACCGGUGACCUUAGAAGUUGGAGAUUAUAUCCUUUCACCAUUAAUUUGCGUGGAGAGGAAGAGUAUCCAGGAUCUUUUCAUGAGCUUCACAUCAGGCCGUCUUUACCACCAGGUUGAAACGAUGGUUCGGUAUUAUGGAAUACCUGUCCUCCUAAUUGAGUUUUCACAGGACAAAAGCUUUUCAUUUCAGUCUGCAAGUGAUAUUGGUGAUGAUGUGACACCAAACAAUAUUAUAUCGAAGCUAUCAUUGCUAGCUCUACACUUCCCUCGUUUGCGCAUUAUCUGGUCCCGCAGUUUGCAUGCCACUGCUGAGAUAUUUGCUGCACUUAAAACGAAUCAGGAUGAACCUGAUGAGGAGAAAGCAAUGAGAGUUGGUGUGCCCUCUGAAGAGGGCAUCAUAGACAAUGAUGUGAGAGCUGAAAAUUACAAUACAUCUGCAGUAGAGUUUUUGAGACGGCUUCCGGGCGUGACCGAUUCAAACUACAGGAGCAUCAUGGAUGGUUGUAAGAGCUUGGCGGAACUUGCACUUCUUCCCGUGGAGAGGCUUGCUGAACUCAUGGGUGGUCAGAAAGCUGCUCGUACGCUCAGAGAGUUCCUUGAUGCAAAAUAUCCGACAUUGUUGUGAGUUUUUUUCUGUAGAGAUUUCACUUUGCCAAUCUGAAUCAACGUUGGCUUGAGCCUGAGUAGGGAUUGGUAUUUGUACGAGUGUUUUAUUAAAUUUAGGGUAAAGUAGGUAUUUAUGGCCGCCUUAUGCCUUUCUAAGUUGUAUCAAUAAAUUCAUUGUUUAAAUCAAUUUAAUGGACUAUUUCCAUGGUCAAUUCAUUGUUUGUUUAAAUGAACA